CAGGACCAAGCAAGGGGAGGGUCUGAAACCCCCGGCUCCUUCUUUGCAUGCGCUGAGCUGUAGCGAAGUGGGUCAGGCGGUUCUGGCCAGCUGAGCGCACCUUGUCCCAGAAUCUUACUCUGCCUCAGGUGAUGGUCAGAAAUUAAGCUAUCAUUUGCGUCACCCACGAUGGAAGAAACAAAGAAGACUUCCAAGAGUAAACAGAAGCCUAUUAAGACCGAGUGGAAUUCCCGGUGUGUCCUUUUCACCUAUUUCCAAGGGGACAUAAGCAGCGUCGUGGAUGAGCACUUUUCUAGGGCUCUGAGCAACAUCAAAAGUCCCCAGAGAUUGAGCCCCUCAGGCCAGAGCCGAGAAGCGACCGGGAGGAAUGAUACUGACAUGUCUCCAAAUCAAUGGCAUUUAUCUUCUCAGUGGAGAAAACCACAGCCAGAAGGCUCUCCUGCAAAUGGUGCAGCCAGCUGUGGCUUGAAUGCAUCUGGUUCCAGCUCCAUGGCUGUGGAUCCGUACCCACUGCCCCUGACCGGGAGCCCUUCUGCGCAGCCUGGAGAGCUGUGGCAUUUCUCCUCCCUAGCCAGCCCCAGCUCCCCAGAGCCUGGCUACUCUCAUGCCUUCCCUGGUGGCUCCCUGGUUCCAGAGCCUAAGCCUGAUGGGAAAUGUGAGCCCCUUGUAAGUCUCCUCCAGCAAGAAAGAUGCCUGUCCUGUCCUCAGGAACCUACCACCAGUGAGGAUAGCAACUCGGCCCAGACAGCUGGAAGAGCAGGAGUGCUCCUUGACCUGCCUCCUGACUCCACCCACUAUAAAAAAAUCCAUUUCUCCCCAAAUCGUGGAGCAUCCAGCGCCAGCCUUGCAAAUGAAAGUAGGUAUCUGGUUUCUACCUUUGACAGUGAUUCUCUGUAA